AUGUCCUUUGACGACAAAACACGACAAAUGGAACGAAUCGCCCGCAUGUCGGAUAGUACAGCCUACUGCAUUCUCACGGAGCUGUGUAAAGAGAAUGGCGUGUUGCGACAGCGCACAGUCGCACUGGCCGACAAGUUUGACGCGUUCAAUUCAACGCGCGCGCUGAACGAGGGAAGCCAGGCUGUACAGCGAGCGCAAACGACAAACAGUGCAAAGCGCAAAGCAGACGACGACUGCAUGGUCUGCUCCGACUGCGCGUGCGUUUUACGCAAGACACGAAUCGUGGUGACACCGUCUGCCGCUACCACAGCGGUAUUCAUCCCCGACAUGGACGGCAGCGUUUGGGACGAGCACGACCACUACCUGGGCGAAAUUGAUACCGACGAGUGGAAGCGGGAAUGCCUAAAGGGGUUCAAAUGGAACUGCCGCAACGCCAUGCACGACAGUCCAGGCUGCCAGACACGCAACCACCAUCAUAGCAGCAGGCAUACAAGGCAGAGCUGCCAAGCAUGUGCGUCACAAUCAACUGCAAAAGCGACACCGAUUGAGAUCAAUAGCGACAAGGAAGGCGACGACGGCGACAGCGACGGCGAUGGGAACAGCGAUCAGAACGAUUAG